CCCGAGUCCGACACUUCUCCCGAUGAGAUAAGGCAAGAACUUUGGUUGAACAAAGUUAGCGGAGGGAUUUUCGCGUGUCCGGACUCCGAGUCCGUGGCAGCCUUUCUGUGGUUAUUUGUACAGUACUUGGCCGCACCCAGAGCCAUUAUAAAAAGGGUCAAGGGUUUUCCAUCGGAAUGCCCAGUUCAACCUCCCAACUGUCUAUCGCACUCCUUUCUACUAGUAGAACAUCCGAGUCUUCAGAACGACUCUGAACGAACAGAAACUCUGUAUGGCCUCGUCACUGCCUAGCAAAUCCGAGUCACCCGUGACCUCUGAUGGCGAUGGCGAAGUUGCUGGUCGGCGCCCCGUGCCUUCGAACGCGCGCAGAUAUACUCUGCUUUUGAUCUUCUGCAUUACACAGUUUUUAUAUACGACCACCAACUCGGCAUUGUUUUCCGCUAUCCCUUCCCUUGUCCGGAAGUUUGGCUUCACCCAAAGCCAGUCAGUUUGGAUCAUCAGUGCAUACCAGUUGACUUUUGCAUCUUUUCUCCUUAUGAGCGGGAAAAUCAGCGACAUCUAUAACCCUAAAUACACCUUCAUAACCGGUAAAUUCAUAUUAGGGGUAAUCUGUAUCGGCAUCGGUUUCGUCUCCGAUGGUAUCUUAUUCCUUUCACUGAGAGCCCUAAGUGGAAUCGCCGCAUCGCUCACCGUACCAUCGGCUCUAGCACUGCUCAUCGGACUUUUUCCUGAGCCUAGGCAUCAAGGAUUCGCUAUUGCAGCAUUUGGAGCUUGGGGGGCGAUUGGCAUCGUGUUGGGUUUAAUUUCCGGUGCCUUUUUCGUCGAAUAUGUCAGCUGGAGCUGGGUAUUCUGGUUUGUAUCGACGGUGAUCAUACCAACCACGCUCAUUUCUACGGUGCUUAUACCUUCACAAACAACAAAUGUGGUUCGAAAGAGCGGUUUCACCAAAUUCAGGAGUCUUGAUGUUAUUGGAAUAUCAAUUCUUACAGUUGCUGUCAUACUCUUUAUAUUUGCUGUGACGACAGGGUCUAUGAUAGGCUGGAGAUCAGCUACCACACUAGCGCCUCUGGUCUUUUCCAUUGCCAUGACUGUUGCAUUCUUCUACUGGGAGGCCUUCCAGCCAAUUGAAUGCGCAGCCGUACCGCCUUCCACAUGGUUCAUUCCGAAUUUUUCUGUUCUAUUCGGAACGGCUCUCCUACCAUAUUUUUGGUGGGCAAAUAUAUUCACCACCUACGUGUCCCUGUGGCAAGAUAUUUACCGAUGGAGCGCCAUGUCCUCUGCUGUCCACAUGCUUCCAAUAGGCAUUACUGCAUUUCUCUUCAGUUUUGCCAGUAGGCUAAAGGGGCUCAGGGGCAUGAGCGCCAAGUGGCUGAUACUAGGCGGAGCACUGAUGAUGAUGACGGCACUGGUGUUGUUUGCCUUUGCAGACGGACCUAACAAGUACUGGCCAUUGGUAUUCCCCGGCUUCAUCAUCGGUUCAGCCGGCGCAAUGCUAACCAACAUCUCCGCAAACAUCGCGAUAUUCCGAGCCACGCCCCCCUCCAUGGCAGGCACCGUAGGCGCCAUGUUCAACUGCGGUCUGCAACUCGGCUCCGCUGUCGGAUUGGCUGCCGUGUGCUCUAUCCAGACGAGCGUGCAAGCUGGGAAUGGGGGGCCGUCGAAUUAUGAAGGCCAGUCUGCUGGGUUUUGGUUAAUGCUCGGGUGCAUCUCUGUUGCUGCGCUAGCUGUUUUGGUGUUUUACCAUACCGACACGGUUCGAGGUCGUGUUGAGGGAACAGGUGUCCGUGAUGGAAGCGAAGCGGAUUCUAGUGAUAGUUCCUUGGCUUGAGGGGGGGACGUAACGAAGACACGCCGAAUUGUGUGCUUCCCGUUCCAGAGGGGAGACAAAGUCUUGAAGACGAAUGAUGUUCUUCGGGUUGUGCGCGUUGACAGGGCUUGAAGGAAUUGAGACUCGCAGUGCUCUAUUUACCUAUCUUAGUAUUUUCGUUAACGCGGUGGAGAGCAGUUUAUGCGGACGAGGAGACGGGCGAUGUUACGCUACGAACAUGCGGAGUCCUGCCAGUGACUAUUUAUUGA